CUCACAGACACGUAGCGUCUCGUAGCGUGUUGCGGCUACGUCGCGGUCCUACGAGCGUGUUGGUGCUCAUUGAACUUAGUGUGUCUCGCCUGUUGGAAUCAACACGUGUAAUAUAGUGAAUUGAUCUGGUUUAUUAGUUUUUGUGCUGUAUGAGUUUGGAAUGUCAUCGAUUGGUUCCAUGGUUACUUGAAGAAAUCGAGUAAAAUGUUGAAUAGUGGACGGCACGUUUUGUAAAUAACUCAAUUCCGAUAUGUCAGGAAAGAAUCCAAUAUUUGGAAAGUCGGUUUAAAAAUGAAGGAAAAUACAAGGAAGCCGCGCAAGAUCCGUCACGAAGCGGUCGUGACAUGACGUGUGGGCGCGACCUCUCUCCGCAUAAGUACAACAUGGUUUCUCGACUCGCUGCCAUUUUAAUAUGGCUCGGAAGUAGUGUACUUGGACUUCGUGAUAUACAAUUAAGCGUGCCUGAAGCGGUCGGUAUAGGUUCCAGCGCGACCCUCGGCUGCCGGUGGUCACUAGAUUCUGGGGAAACCUUGUAUACGGUGAAGUGGUACCACGGCGCGCAAGAAUUUUUCCGUUUUGUGCCUAAGGAGCUGCCUAAUACACGGGUUUUCUCCCAAACGGGCAUCAGUGUUGACAUUUCCCGGUCAGGUGCACAGCAAGUAGUGCUACAUGGUGCUACGCGGGUGCUCAGUGGUCGCUACAGGUGCGAGGUCUCGGCGGACGCGCCUUUCUUUCACACCGUUUACAAAAGUGCUUACAUGCGGGUUGUGGAGUUACCUGACACACAACCAAAUGUGCGAGCGCAGAAGAGUUGGUACUCCGUGGGGGACAUGUUACGAGCGAACUGCACGUCUCCUCCAGCUGACCCAUCUGCUAAUCUUACCUGGCUCCUUAAUGGUCAAGAGGUAAAAGGGCUCGAUAUCCCGCUGCACGACAUAUCGUAUGUGCAAAAAAAACCUGUGAUAACUGACACUUCGCUGGAAGAUGCAAAUAGAAUUAUAUUCAGUCCAUGGGACGCAAUCUCAGGCUUCGAAGAGCCGGUGACCGACAACGUAAUAGACAUUCCGGGCAAUAUCGAAGGCAUAGUGGGCAUUCCCGACAUUUAUAGCAAUCGGAAAAACAAGGAGGAAAGCGCCACCCGCAUCACGCCGAGAUCCGAGCAAAUAGCAAAUAAAUUGAACAUUAGUACAGAAGAAGAGAAAUCUAAUAAAUCAUCCUCGUUCAGCCAGCUUGUUAUAAGAGUACAGUCUGUACAUUUUCGCAAAGGUCGAUUAAAUGUGACCUGUGUGGCACGUGUACUAUCGGUAUGGUCGGCCAGCGGAGUGCUUCUUCUCGACGAGGAACGACCACAGAUUGCUCCAGUCAUGGGCAGCCGGGACUCCAACUCAGGUCCCCAGCGCGGUACCACGCACGUCGGCGCUUUAGCGUUGCUUCAUUGUAUAUUUUAUAGACAUUGGUCCAACCGAUGAUCAGAAGACUAAGAAAACAUGAUAAACUGUCAUUUUCUUAUCUAAAAUCCGUGUUAGACUUAUAAAAAGUUUAGUGAAAAGUUUAUGAACAAGCUGAUAAAGGUGUUUUAUCAGCAAUGUGAGUUGAAUGUAGUGAAUUUUAUACUUGUAAAUAGUUAGGUUUAUAUUAGACUACAACUUCUAUGAGAAAUAGUGAUGUUUUUGCUUGAUGAACUUUAUGUACGUACA